AUGGCAGCGGCGGCAGCAGCAGCAGCACUGGGGGCUGCGGUGGGUCGAGGCUCUGGGCCGGGGCGGCGGCGCCACCUCGUGCCCGGGGCCGGGGGGGAACCAGGGGAGGGGACCCCGGGCGGCGCGGAGGACCACGGGAACGGGCUGGAGGCGGAGGAGCUGGAGCCUGAAGAAUUGCUACUAGAGACAGAGCCGGAGCCCGAGCCCAAGGAGGAGCCACCCAGGCCCUGCGCCCCGCUGGGAGUCUCCGGCCCUGGGCCGGGCUCAGGAGCCCCUGGAAGUCAGGAGGAUGAGGAAGAGCUGGGCCCGGUUGAGGGCGACCCGGGGGACGGCGCUAUCGAGGACCCGGAGCUGGAAGCCAUCAAAGCCCGAUUAAAGGAGAUGGAGGAAGAGACAGAGAAAUUGAAGGAGCUUCAGAAGGAGGUGGAGAAACAGAUGAACAUGAGCCCACCCCCAGGCAAUGCUGGCCCAGUGAUCAUGUCCGUUGAGAAGAAGAUGGAAGCUGAUGCCCGGUCCAUCUACGUGGGCAAUGUGGACUAUGGUGCAACAGCAGAAGAGCUGGAGGCACACUUCUAUGGUUGUGGUUCAGUUAAUCGACUUACCAUCUUUCGUGACAAGUUCAGUGGCCAUCCUAAGGGGUUUGCAUAUAUAGAAUUUUCAGAUAAAGAUUCAGUGAGGACAUCGAUGGCCUUGGACGAUUCUCUUUUUAGAGGAAGGCAGAUCAAAGUGAUACCAAAACGGACCAAUUGGCCGGGGAUCAGCACCACAGAUCGGGGUUUUCCAGGUGCCCGAUACCGUGCCAGGGCUACUAACUACAGUAGUUCAAGCUCUCGAUUCUACAGUGGCUUCAACAGCAGACCCCGGGGCCGAGGCCGAGUCUACAGGGGCCGGGCUAGAGCGACGUCAUGGUAUUCCCCUUACUAAA